CCGGCAGGCCGAGGCCGCGUCCUUUGGUUCCGGUUCCAGAGUCCGGACCCAGGCCCCGAGCUGGGAGCGCUGCCGUGCGCCAGAUACAGCAUAUGGUCUAUUUAAAGUAAAGAUGUCUUUAAAUUCAUCUACAUUUUUGAACCAAGAAAGCCAUCAGAAAUUAAAAAGAAAUUUUGAAUGUUUGAAAAAUUCACAACAGACUACUUCAUCACUUCAAGAUAACCCACUUCAGAAUUUACAGUUAGCAUCCUGGGAAGUUCUUGAAAAGGCCCAAAAGAGUGGGAGAUCAAAGUGCCCAAGAUGUGGUAGUUCAAGGAUGUUUUAUUGUUAUUCAUGUUAUGUUCCAGUUGAAAUUGUGCCUACCAAAGAAAUUCCAGUUGUGAAGCUUCCUUUGAAGAUUGACAUAAUUAAACAUCCAAAUGAAACUGAUGGCAAAAGCACUGCUGUACAUGCUAAACUCCUAGCACCUGAAGAUGUUACCAUUUAUACAUAUCCUUGCAUUCCAGACUAUGAAGAAAAAAGACAUGAAAUUGCACUUAUCUUUCCUGGUUCUAACUCAAUUUCGGUAAAAGAUAUUAUUCUCCAUCUGGAAAAAAAUGUUGAGAAAAAUGUUAGUUGUGGCAAUGAUGAUGAUUCUUCAGCAGAGCCAUUUCUCAAGAAAGCAAAAAUAGAAACAAAAGAAGAUCAAAACCUAAGUGAAUACAAAUCAAACAGCAGGAGUGAAGACACUGUACUGAAGAAAGUAAUAUUUAUUGACAGUACUUGGAAUCAAACCAACAAAAUAAUCACUGAUGAGCGACUUCAAGGGUUACUACAAAUUGAGUUGAAAACAAGAAAAACUUGCUUUUGGCGUCACCAGAAAGGAAAGCCAGAUACGUAUCUUUCUACAAUUGAAGCAAUUUAUUAUUUUCUUGUGGAUUAUCACCAGGAGGUUUUAAAAGAGAGCUACAAAGGACAAUAUGACAACCUGCUUUUUUUCUUUUCAUUUAUGUACACGCUGAUAAAAAACGCCAAGAAUUCUGCAGGAAAAGAAUAAGCCAAGACAUCUAUUUGUCUGUAAAUAGCACCAUGUUUGUUUUUCUUCAUCAUAAUUAAAGUGUAGCAAUACAAUUUUUUGUCUAAAUGACAUUUGAGAGUUCAAUAAUAAAACAAUGUAUUACACUCUGGAGUUGUCUGUAAUGCUGCUCCAAAUGCAAGAGCAGGAUCUGGUUCUGUACACAAUUGAUGCAUAAUUUUAAUCACUACUUGUUUCAAUGGGGAUGCAUAUUCCUUAAGGGUUGCCAGUUAGGGCCUACUUUGUGAGUCUGACCCUGCAGUCCUCACCUUGGGUAAAUCACAAUGUGCCUGAGGCAAGGAAUGGAGAAUUAAGACCUCAUAUUGGAAAUAGUAAGAUCUCAGGAUUGUAAAGAUGAGUUAAUAUGUCAACGUGGAAUCUCUUUUCUAAAACGUAGUAAAAUGUAGUUCAGCUGAUUACUGUGUAGGAAUGUGCUCUAACCAAUCAGGCUGACUUCAUGCUGUUGAUAUCACAAUUGCUUACUGAAAUAUUAGGACAAUAUUUCAUCAGGGGGAAAAAAAUUAAAAGAGUUGACUGAAUGGAAAACAAAUUAUAAACUUUGUUAGUUUUAAAUAAAGCUGGAAAAAUGAUUUAGUAAUACAGAUAAAAAUAUAGGCCUAGAUUCACAAAGCUACUUAGGUGGCGUGAUGCUGAGCAGAUGCUGGUAAAAUUUUUAAGUGUAGACCAGGCCUAAACUGGCUAGAUAUUUCUAUCUUUGUCCUAUGUUGGUGCGGGAGUCACAAAUCUUGUAAAAGAGACACGAAAAAUCAUAAUAGUUAAACUUUUUCAGAAAUCUGUGAGUUUGUUUUAGUUGUAUCUUUUUUUUUUUCCUCGGUAAACCUGGCUAAUUUUCCAUCUGCAUCAGUCCUCCUCUCCCCUCCCAAAGGGGAGCCUUAGUAUCCAAGGGCAAGUAAACAGCACUGUGAAAAAGGCAUUAAAAAUUUAUGUUUUUAAACUUGUAUAGAAUUUUGUUUGGGGCCAUCAAACCAAUUAAUUGUUGUUUUACUUUUGUUUUAAGUGUACCAAAGUAUUGAAUUAAUCACAAUAAAUAGAGCGUUAAAAUACAAACUAAAGAGCCACUUUUUCAGACAGCUUCUAGCUAGUCUCCAGUUUUACGUGUCCACCCAAUUUCACUUCUUCAGGUAGGCAUGAAAAAGAUUUAUUUUUUUUGCACAUGGAAAUCACUCUGUAUACAUACACAAAAGUGAAGGCCAGGACUGACCAUUUGGCCCUAGGAGUAGAAAGAUUUAGUUAGUAUGCAUGAAUUAAAAUAAGACUGUUCAUAAGAGGCACGGAGUCAACGUCAGAAUGAUAAACAGCAUUUCAAAUGUGAUGGUGCAGCUGCUAAAGUGAAAAGCAAGUUUGUGUGUAUUUCUCUUACAGCAAGUCAUCUCUCAGCUAUUGGAACAACAGAUUUCUUAGUCAUUUGUUUUUAUUGUUAUUGAGAGAGGUUAUUUGGCUUUUCACAAUGAUUAAUGCUAUUUCCUCUGGUAUGAAUUUUGAUGGUCUUUUUGACAUUUUCAUCCGUACUUGUGUUUCUAAAACAAAGAUUGCUUUAACUUUAUGAAAGUCAAAGAAACGCUUUUUAAACAGUGUAUAAUAGUUUGAGAAGAAAAAACUUUCACCCAUUUUAAACACAUACAAAAAGUGAACUCAGUGACCUAAUGUUUUACAAGAAUCAAACAGAGGAGAAAAUCUGUUUUUUUCUUCCAAGACAUUUCCCUGAAAACAUGUUUUUUUAUUUAAACAGUAGAGGUCAGAUAAAAGCUUAUAUAAGCUGGUCUUCGUUACUUUUGGAAAAUACUUUCAUAAGGUUAAAAACAUUUUCCAAAUGUAACUUUGGGUACCUCACUUUAUUUUAAACAAUGGGAGUUAAGAAGCUAUUCCAAAAGUAAAUUAAUUUUUAGUUGUCAGAUGAAAUCAAUGUACAGGCAAUAUUUAAAAUCUGGAACAUUGACUCUCCAGAAAAUUGGGUUCAGAUUUUUUUUUUUUUUCAAAAUUAACUUUGCUAUAAGGCUACACUAAUUCUUAAACCAACAGAAAUCACUCUUACAAAUAUGGGACACAUCUAGGGUCCACAUUAUUUAAAGUCUAUUGGCAUUGCUCUGAUAACCUGGUGUGGGGCCAUGCAGAAGGUUAGUGUAACCACUGUUUCAGACCUGUUCUGGCUGAAACUUGGCUUUCUCCAAAAAAGAUUUAAAUCCAUUAUUUAAGUUGGAGACUGGCAAAAAAAGAGGCUCCUCAACCCACUGAAAAAGUAUCAUGGUCUCCAAUAGAUUUUCCAGCUUCCAACCAAAAGAAGAGCUUUGCAUUGCCAAAUGAAAGAUAACAAGUAUUUAAUCCUUUCAAGUGGAGUUAGCAGCACUGACCAUGCUGUUAACUAAAAUAAGGGUCAGGGGCUAAGGGCUAAUUAGUUAAGGGCUAAUUCUGGACCUAUUUCUUAAAACUGGAAUGGCCCCUAUCUGGAGUGAGGGGAAAAGCCAGGCUUAAACUUGGUCUAGCAGCAUCCUAAAAGGUUUCCAGAUACAGGAGUAAAAGGAGAUGCAUCCCAGUUUUCUGAACACAAGGCCAUCUCACCGCCUUAAGUUGAGGCACCUCUGGUAUCUGAAGGGAAUAGAGAGUUUGCCAUGAGUAGCAAGUACAACUGUGGUGAUAAAAGUGCAAAGAGCCAUCUUACCUGUAGUCUGGUCCAUUCAUCUGCAGUGCAGGAAUCCUGCUUUUGCCUGUGUCCUAAAAAAGAUUUUUAAUUUUUUUUUUUUCCAGAAGUGGAGAGGAAAGUGGGUUCUCUUCCAUGUUUGGUUAAUAGGGGCACUAGAUCCACUCCUGAAUGUGGCUGUAGAAAGUUGUGAAAAGCUAUUCCUUUUCCUGGAGAGAAGUAUAGGAGUCACCAGUCUCAGGUUGAAGAUGUGCAUUCAUCAUUUUAUUUUUAGAUUUGAAUGCUAGAAGGGACCAUUUGAUCAGCUAGUCUAACCACCUGGGUAAUACAGUUCAUAGAAUUUCACCCAAUUACCUCUGUGUUGAGCCGAAUAACUUGAGUUUAACUAAAGUAUCUCUUCCAGAAAGGUCUCCAGUCUUGAUACCAAGGCAUCAAGAGGUGGAGAAUCCACCACUUCCCUUGGGAGUUUGUUCCAAUGGCUAAUCACACUCUUAAAAAUGUGCUUAUUUCUAAUUCGAAUUUGUCUGGCUUAAAUAUUUAAAAUGUCACCAAAGCUAUACCUGUAAUCCUCUUUUUUCCACUUAUUUAUUAAGCCUUCUGUAAGGGAGCCUUUAGCUUUUCCUUGUAUUGGUAGUUUAAUUGAAGGCACUACUCGACCAUUUGUACUGCCAAGUGUGCUUAUUAUUUGUGCUCUUGACUAAUUCGUCAUGGAUUUCUUCUCCUAACAGGAACUCAAGUUCAAUCAGAAUCUUUUCCUCGGAUUGGUGAAUUUCCUCCCAGAGUCUCUUAGUUUCCCUAGCUGCCAGUUCUCAUUUAGUUGUGCCUCUUUCUGAAUAAGCAAUUCAUUUUUCUGCUUCAUAAGAUCUUCCUUGGCUGUUGCAAGCACCUCUUUAAUUUUAUUUCUGUAACCAUCUAAGAUUGCACUGUAGUUCCUGUAGUUGGAGGAUUUCUUCUUGCUUUUGUGUGUUCCAGUGAGCACAGGCCUUUGCCAUCUCUGCUUUAACAGAUGCAAGGACUCCUUUCUUUAGCUCCAUUUCCCUUCUAAGGGAAAGUAUAUUCUCUUCAAGCUCUUUGGUUCUUGCUCCAGAUUUGUUUUCUCAAGUUUUUUUCUUUCAUUUCUCUUCAGCUGCUGAAAGAACUAGUGAUAAAUAUAUAUAUAUAUAUAUAUAUAUUUUUAAAAGAUAUGGUCAGCAAAUGGGAGAUGACCUAUGGGGUCAAAAAGAGAGGGAUGUGGCAAACUCUUGCCCUCUCCCCCAAACAUUUGUUUACUUAUCUGUUCCAAACCUUUUGUCUACCACCUGUUUCAGAUCCUAUUUAGCUUUUUGAGUCCUUAUUAUAAAGUCUUAUUAGUACUCUAACUGUUUCACAUGCCCCUACAGUACCAUGGGCAAUGUAGUGUGUGGUUCUGAUCAAACUGUCUUCCCAAAAUCCACUUCAUACUGUAGUUUUUGUUUGAGCACAUUAAAAACAUUUAACAAUCAUAAUUAAGGCUACAAUUUUGUUAUGGAUAUUUUUAGUAAAAGUCAGGGAUAGGUCACGGGCAAUGAAUAAAAAUUCACGGAAGCCGCAACCUGUCCCUGACUUUUACUAAAAACAGCCCCAAUGAAACAGGGAGGGAGGCGGUCCAGCACCCUGCCCCCCUGCAUGCAGCAGCAGGGAGGUGCGGCUCCCACCCCUGCCCAUUGGCUGGGAGGGACCCCUGACCCAGGCUGGGAUCUGUGAGGUCCUCUGCCGCUGGCAGGUGGGGAGCUCCGGGGCAUCACCUGCCACCUGUGGGAGAUGGGGGUUCUCUGGGGGAUCCCCCGCCGGCAGCAACUAGGGCAUUCUGGGGGAUUCCCCCAUGGGAGCUGGAGAGCUGCCAGAGAUCCCCUGCCACCCUGCAGGGCUGGGGGAGGUCCCAUGGCUGGGCUGCUUUGAGGCACCAAUGUCACUGAGGUCCCUGGAAAUCAUGGAUUCCAUUACUUCUGCAACCUCCGGGACAUACUGAGCCUUAAUCAUAAUUAGUUCGUAUCUAAACUAAGUAUGUUAACACACAAAAUAGUUGUUUAAUGAAAGGCAAGGUUACCUCAAGACACACCCCACCCAGAUCUUUGAAAGCACAGAACUAAGGAGUAAAGAGCAAACCAUUCUUUGCCAUCUUCAUAUCACCUACAAUGCCGUAAAUAUACUUGGAGGCACUGACUUAAAUGUCAGCACAUACCAAAAGCAAUACCAGCUCUAAAUUUACCCAAUUUGUUUUGUGACAAAGAAUCUUAAUGGUGAUCUUAGCAAUAUUAAAGCAUAGCAACUUUCCCACUGAAUAGCCUAUGUGACCGUGAGAUGUGGUGUUCUGCUGUUACAAGAGAGUAUGAGGUCACUAUUAAGGCUGUGUGUGACAGUCUCUGACAAUGUGUUGACAUAAUCCUAAAUUAUUAUUAUUAUUGUUUGUCUUCAGUGACAUUGUUUAAUGUAACUUCUAUGCUCCUUUGUCAUUAAUAACAAUGUUGCCUUUGAUUGAUAACAUUGUAUCAACGUUGACAUUCAGAAAGUCAUGUUUUAAUCUUCAAAAAUUGUUUAUAUAAAGUGGAUUGCAAUUUUUAACAACCAUU